UUUGCAUUUUUUCUAGGCUUCAUCCUCUUGAACUACGGUGAUCAUCGCCAUGGCAUAGGCCUUAGACUACACCUUGCACAUUGUGCAUUGGAUGGGUUCAAUGUUUAAGUUGAUACAUAGAUGGAACCUCCUUCAUCCAUCGAAGUAUCUACAUUGUUCACGAAUAUUUCACACAUCAGUGUCAGUUACGAUGGCUGUGAAGCAACGUUUCAAUGAAAUUAUAAAAUCUGAACAAGAUGACAGGUUCUAUAGAGGUCUUGAGCUCCAGAAUGGAAUGAAAGUGAUCCUCAUCAGUGACCCAAAGACUGAUAAGGCUGCUGGUUCUCUGGAUGUCCAUGUUGGACAUCUGUCUGACCCUGAUGAUAUAGAGGGCUUGGCUCAUUUUUGUGAGCACAUGCUAUUUCUUGGCACAAAGAAGUACCCAACAGAGAAUUCAUACUCCAAGUUUUUAUCAGAACAUGGGGGAUCAAGUAAUGCAUUCACAUCAGCUGCUGACACCAAUUAUCAUUUUGAUGUUGCUCCUCCCUAUUUGUUUGAAGCUUUAGACAGAUUUGCCCAGUUCUUCAUCCAUCCUUUGUUCACUGAGAGUGCCACUGAGAGGGAGGUCAAUGCUGUUCAUUCAGAACAUUCCAAGAAUAUCCCAAGUGACUCCUGGAGGAUUGAUCGAGUCUCUAAAGUUACAAGCGAUCCUCAACAUGCAUAUUGCAAGUUUGGAACUGAGUCAUUGGAGGAACUGGAGGAGAGAGUUGCAGAGUUGUUCAGUGAUGUCAAGAACAAGGACAUCCAAGCUCCUGAAUGGCUAGACCAUCCUUACAAGGAACCCCAGCUUCGAAAAGUUCUGGAAGUUCUGCCUGUCAAGGACAUCAGGAAACUUACUCUCAUUUUUCCUAUUCCUGACUACAAACAAUUUUACAGAAGUGCUCCUGAGCAUUACCUGUCCCAUCUGAUUGGUCAUGAGGGACCAGGGAGCAUUUUAUCUCUGCUGAAGGAAAAGGGAUGGGUAAAUACUUUAGUUGCAGGAAAAUAUGCAGGUGCUCCUGGAUUUGCAUUCUUUCAAGUGAAUGUUGAUCUCACUGAAGAUGGCUUGGAACAUACUGAAGAGAUUGCAGAAAUCAUAUUUCAAUAUUUGAAGCUCCUUCACGUUAGUGGUCCUCAAGAGUGGAUAUUUGAGGAGUGCAGGAAUCUUUCAUCCAUUGACUUCCGGUUCAAGGACAAAGAAAAUCCUAUCAACUAUGUGGUUCAGGUCACCCUGUCUCUCCGUGAAUAUCCCAUUGAUGAAGUGCUGUCAGGACCAUAUCUCUUUGAUCAAUUCAAGCCAGAACUAAUUUCUGAGGUCUUGGGCCUUCUCAUCCCAGACAGAGUGAGACUCACAGUUAUAGCAAAGAAAUUUGAAGGUACCACAGUCCAUAAGGAGGAAUGGUAUGGAAUAGAAUAUUCAAUCAGUGACAUUUACCCUGAAGUUAUCAAGAAAUGGGCACAUCUAAACAUGCACACUGAACUUGCCCUACCUCCAAAGAAUGAAUUCAUUCCAACCAAUUUUGUGCUACAUCCAUUGCCGAAAGAUGCAAAGAAGACCCCUCAACUCAUCGAGAAUUCUCCUCUUUUUCGAGUUUGGUAUAAACAAGAUGACAGAUACUUUCGUCCAAAAGCAAUCCUGAAGUUUCAGUUUGUGAGUCCUUUGGCAUACUUGGAUCCCACACAUUGCAACAUGAAUAAUCUUCUAGUAUGGUUGUUUAGAGAUGCUCUCAAUGAGUAUGCACACUCAGCACAAGUCGCUGGUCUAAAUUACUCUCUAGAUUGUUCCAAAUAUGGACUGCAACUGACAAUAUAUGGCUUCAAUGACUUUCUUGAGAUACUCGCGUCAAACUUCUUGAAGUUUCGUCUCGUUGGAUACGUCGUACGCAACUACUACCUCUCACAGUUGAUGACAGACCGAUCAUGGAGCAUGGAAGACCUUCUGCAAGCACUGCCACAGAUCACAGUUCACAGUCUGGAGAAUUUUGUGAAUUCCUUCCUAUCACAUCUGCAUGUUGAAUGCCUGAUUCAUGGGAAUCUUACUCAAAAGCAAGCAGAGGGCUUCAUUAAUGUUGUGAGGUCCUACUUGAUGGAAAAGGGAUCAGCAAGAACACAUCCAUUGUUUCCUGGUCAAGUAAUUCAGGAUCGAGAAGUUCAGCUAUUUGAUGGUGACAAUUUUUUAUAUUCCCAACCACAUGAAGUGCACGAGAGUUCUUGUGUCAAGAUAUACUUACAGUGCCUUGUUGAAGACACCCACUUCAAUAUGCUGGUGGAGCUUUUCUGUCAAAUCAUCCAUGAACCCUGUUUUGACAUCCUUCGCACAAAAGAGCAACUGGGUUACAUGGUCUUCAGUGGAGUGAGGCGAUCUAAUGGUGUUCAAGGAGUGACUGUUACUGUUCAGUCACUUUAUGCCCCUGAGCACCUCAACACAAGGAUUGAAGCCUUCUUUGACCAUAUUCAGGAAUAUCUAGCUGAAAUGAAGGAAGAAGACUUUGAAAAACACAAAGAAGCCCUGCAUUCAAGAAUUUUGGAAAAACCAAAGAAGAUGAAGGGAGAAAGCUCGAAAUUGUGGGCAGAAAUUACAUCCAAAAAUUAUCACUUCAACCGAGAUGAAAUGGAAGCCGAGCACCUACGUUCCCUCACAAAGGAGGACAUCAUGAAUUUCUAUAAGGACUUCAUACACAAUGGAUCUGAGAAGCGACACAAGCUAGCCAUCUAUGUUCAGUCUAAAGUGAAGCCCAAAGAUCUACUUCUUUCCCCAGAGCAUCAUACACCAUCUCUGAAGCCGGCCAAGGCAGUGGUGGACAUCGUUGAAUUCAAACGUCGCCGGGGGCUCUACCCACAAGCGAAAUCCUAUCUGGAUGUGCCUGUGAUAGGUGGAGGUCUGUCAAAGCUCUGACAGUUGCUCUGCCGUUUCCCAUACCCCUUGAUGUCAUUUUGGGAUGUAUUUAUUGGGGAAGAAUAUCAUGUCUGCAGAUUGUGGACCUGCAGUAUCUGAAUAAAUAUCCAAUUGUACCUU